UUUCGGUUGGCAGUACAGAAACUUUUUUUUCGGCUCGACCUUCACAUUAACAAAAUUGCAGACGGCGUAAAAAGUUUACCAGUAAAAAUGCCAAUUGCCUUUGGCAACAAAAUUCUCGUCAUUUGUGUAUUUCUAGCCGGGAUCGGUGUGGGCCCCCUGUUUGCCUUGACGGGUCCCAAAAAGUGCCACGAUGUGUGCCCGAUGAAGUAUCGUGUCGUCUGCGCUCUGAACGCCCUGGACGGCUGCCUACGCACCUUCGCCAGCAGCUGUGUCAUGAGGAUGUACAACUGCAAGUACCAGAAGGACUACCAAAUCUUGUCGGAACGGGCCUGCGAGAUCAUAACCCACGAUGAGCUGAACAACAUUCUGGGAACCCUUCUGCAGAAAUAAGUUUUUGAAAUGUUAUACAAAUUGUUAUUGAAUUAAUUAAAGUACCUUUAGGUUA